GCGCUCCCGAUGCGGCGUGGGGCCGGCUCGAUGCUCGCACCCCGCUGCCGUGCGCCGCCUUCCGGCGGAGGCGCUGGGGAUUGUGCCGCGCCGCGGGGGAGCGGGGCGGGCCCGGCCGCUGCCGCGCCGCAUAGGCGGUGUUGGGGGUUCGCGCCAGCCGCUGUCGGUGUGUCCGUCCCUACCUCGGGCGGCACUUUGCGUAUCGAGCAAUGAGUAUCCUGGUUACGAGCCAAUGCUUCAUGUGUCAGAAUCCUUCAUUUUGAACUUUAAUAAAAGUAGUGCACCUAAGAAGAUGUCCAGUACAGACACCCUAAAAAAUACAAAAGAAAAGACUAUUAUGGGCCCUCAUGGAAUCAAUCGAGCUGUACACCGCAUUUCUUUUUCUGACUGUCAAAAUGGAUUAGGAGUUAAAAUUAUUGGAGGUUAUCGGGCACAAACAGCAGAAGAUUAUGGGAUUUUCAUAAAGAGAAUUCUACCUGGAGGAGUUGCUGCUGUAGAUAGCCGUUUGCUCACUGGUGAUCUGAUUUUGGAUGUCAAUGGAGAGAACUUAAUGGGAGUAACCAAUGAAAGGGCUGUUGACAUCUUGCGAACAGCAUCAGCAUCUAACCACAUGUCUCUGCUAGUUGCUAGAGAUGAAGAAGCAAAGAAAGAAUUUCUUGACCUGAUGGAUAAGUACGGCUCUCACAGUGACAUCAACUCGGCCAGAAGUUCUCCAACACAACUAUCAUCUGCAAAAUCUAAUGACAGCCCUUCUUCUGGGUCAUCCUCAAGGUCACAGAGCCCUCAGUUGCAUCCGAAGGAUAAUGUCACCACCAGCAGCAGAAAUAAUUCUGGUCCAGCACCAUUCUCAAAGCUUGCAAACAAUAGUGCAUUUCAGAUGAUCUCCAUUUGCAAGGGAACAAGCCUAGGUUUGAAUAUAGUAGGGGGAAUUAACAGAAAUGAAGGGCCUUUGGUAUAUAUUCAAGAAAUUAUCCCUGGUGGCGAUUGUCAUAAGGAUGGACGAUUGAAGCCUGGAGAUCAACUUGUAUCCAUAAACAAGGAGUCAAUGAUUGGUGUCUCCUAUGAAGAGGCAAAAAGUAUAAUCAACAGAACAAAGAUGAGGUCUGAAAGUUUUUGGGAGAUAGCUUUUAUUAGACAAAAAAAUACUCCCAGUUAUUCAGAGAGUCUGCAACGUCCUUCCAGCCUUUUAACGUCAUCUAUAGCAUAUGGAGACCAGCAGGCUGCAGUACUUAGCUCUCUUGCAUCUCCUAAUGGGAAGCUUGUUUCAACGUUCAUUCCAAAUGCUAUGGAAACUGGAGGAAAGACGGGCGAGCAGUCUCCAAUUACUUCUCUAGACAGCAAUCCUACUGAUGUGUCUGCCACUGUUACUGCCCCCAGCCAGAAUGAUGGUUAUGAGCUGCAAGGGAGGAACUCUACUGUUCGUCUCAAAGCAGAAAAGCUGGAGAGGGUAAAUACUUGUAAUCUUUUGAGUUUUCCUUUCUUUCCCUUCAUGAUGCAUGUAAAACAUCUGGAGACUGUUUCUAGGCUGACAAAGUUAAAGGCAUUGAAUUAUCUUGGGAUUCAGCCCACAGAUGAACAGCAGCAAGCCCUAAGGCAGCAACUUCAGAAAGAUUCUAAAGGAACAGUGUCUUUUGGAGAUUUCAUUGAAGUUUCAAAGAAUCUGUUCACUAUGCAAUUGAAUGCAACAGAUGAUGGCCAAAAAUCUCUAACACUUGGAGUCAAUGAAACUGCCAGCUUCCUGGAUUCACAGAUUGUAACCUGUGAUUCUUUGGAUGAUGAUGUGGAAAGACUUAAGAAAGAAAGAAAUUAUGCUUUAAAAGAAAUGAGUAAAUUAAAGGAAAAAUUGUCUGAAUCCAUGAAUUUAGAGAAGCACUUAACAGAGCAGCUACAGAUCGUCAAGCAAGAAGCCAAGGCAGCUGUAGAAGAGACAAGAGCCCUGCGAAGUAGGAUUCAUCUUGCAGAAGCCGCACAAAGGCAGGCUCGGGGAAUAGAGAUGGACUACGAAGAAGUAAUUCGCCUGUUAGAAGCUGAAAUUGUAGAGCUGAAGGCUCAGCUCACGGAUCAUUCUGGCCAAAAUAAAGAUAAUAUCCAAGACUUGAGAAAGAGAGUUACAGUGCUUGACUGCCAGCUGCGGAAGUCGGAAUCGGCUAGGAAGACCUUUGAGGUGGCUACUGAAAAAUUACUACAAUUUGUAGAGGUUGUGCACGAAAUACUUUCAGAUAACUCUACUGCCUCAACAGUUUUAAGUGACAGAACAUCAACGUUGUCUGCUAAAGCACUUCUUGCACGGGUGGGGAGGACUGGACCUACUAUCACAACAGCUCUUGCAGCAGAAGCCAGAGACCUUGCCAAGUCUGUCCGUGCCAUUUUGGAAGUAGACUGUCUGCCUUAUGGAUGGGAGGAAGCUUAUACGGCAGAUGGAAUCAAAUAUUUCAUCAACCACGUGACACAGACAACAUCAUGGAUCCAUCCCGUAACAAGCGCGCUAAGCUUGCUUUGCUCUGAGGAUGAUGACGAUGGAAUAAGAGAGCUGCCCAGGUCCAAGAGCUGAGGACGUCUGUUCACAGAAAGUAGUUUGUGUAGUUUCAGUACACUAGUGAGAAGAUGCACCCUUUCUAAUCUGCAUACUUUCUAGUCUAAUGUUAUAGUACCUGAUGAUGUUUCUCCCUUUCAAGUCAGAGGAAGUUCUGCCACUUUUUUAUUGCUGGGUGCUACAGAAGUGCAGGCACUGCAGAUGUCUCCCUUCAGUCCUUAAUCUGUUGCUGUCCAGUGUGCAGGGAUCAGUCUGAUCUUGGGGCCCAAUCCAGGCUUUUCAAGACAUCUCUGCUGGCAUAACUUCCUUGACCUGAAGUGAAAUUUUUACAGCUUUGACCACCAUGAGAGUUAAGAUGGGACCAUUGGUUGUAAUUUCACAUGGUAGAUUCCAGCUGAUGGUUGACAGAAAGCUGCAAGGUGAGGUGUGGUGGGUUUUUGUUAACCAAUGCUAGUGAGUGUAAUGUAGAUACUUUAACUACUGAAAAUCUUUAUUUUUAUGGAAGAAACUUGUGAAUAAGUUUUGCUAAUAGAAAUUCAGCAAUUUAUUACAAGUAUUGGAGCCCUGAUGACUUUCAAAACAAAUACUUUUUAAGAUUGGUGGUUGGGCUUUAAAAAAUGAGUCUUUGAUAAGUUGUCAAGUAAAAAGAAACAGUUUGGUAAAAGGACAUCAUACUCUGUCAACAAUAUGAGGCAAGAAUGAAAAUUAUUCUACUUUUGUACUCUGCUAAACCGAUACAUACGAGCAUCAAAUACUUCAGUGGAAGCUGUGAAGUUUCAAGUACAAUGAAACCUGUGAAACCACCUCCAGGAUCAGCAGAAAUCAGUCACCUCCUCAAAGUUGGUCUUUAAGUAGAACAAAAUCAUUUUGUACGCAUUGGUGAUGAUUUAAAGAGGAUAAAGAAAAUGACAGGAGGUGCUAGUGCAAGCUAAUGAGCAGGUUUCACUGUACCUUGGUAGCACAGGAUAUUUUAAAUCCCAUUAUUCACAGCACAAUGUAUGAUGUCAGCUCUCUUAAAUAUAUGAGACUAUGCUAUGUUUCUCUGGAGGCUCUUUACAUAUGUGUGUAUGUAUAUAAUACGUAUGGUAGGUGUUGAUUAAUGAAUGAAAGACAGAUCUGAAACUUUGCAGAAGUUUCUCAUCAUACUGAUGAGUGCAUCAAAGGAGAACUCUUUCUCUGAUCUUCAGUGUGAGAUGGAUAAUGGGAUUGUAUCAGUGUGAGGGAGGAUAGGCUGCAAUCUCCCACACUUAAGGACUUGAGAACCCCCCUGGAAAGGCUCAGGCACACUCCUGUGCUCCAGGUCACCUCUGCUGACCAAUACAAAGGGAUGGGGCUGUGCAAUCACAGUUUUUGAGGUCUGUCUUCAGCAGGUGCGGCACUGGGUUUAAAAGUCCCAUUACUCUGAUGAAUGGAUAGAAAGACCUGACUUAUUUGCAGUUCUGGUGCCUAUGCUGCGCUCUCUGUCGUUAUCGUUACAGAGCUGCGCCAAGUCAGGCACAUUGUAGCUGUUGAUCCUUUUGAAUCAAAAAGAAUAUACCUUUUUUCUCUUAAAUCCAAGUCAAGUCUCUUCUUUGAAUGGCAGUGCAGUGAUUCGGCAUGGAGAGCACAUCUCCAAAUGUUCUUCCCAGAGGAACAAAGGGCAGCUCAUGAAAGAGUUUUUUGCAGGCUUAGCUGGAAGUAGAUGUCAAGAUAUAUUGAAUAAGCAACUAGGAAAUUUUUGUUUUGUACUUUUAACUAGGUCAGAACCAAAUUAUCCAUGAAUCUACACAGGUGGUGUGGAUUAGGAAGAAGAGCUUGCUCAGCAGACCUACAGUAACCUGUAUGUCUAAGAAAACUCCUCAUAGCAAUAACACAUAAAUGCUUUAGCCAUAUUUUGCUCCACUGGCUCCUACAUGCUUCACAGCCUCCUUUGUGUUCCUGCAGAACACAAUCUGAAGGGACAGAGCACGUGCUCCAGUUUCAGGGUUGGACACUCUAGAAGCAUUUUUAUUUAAAUCCCUCUCCUGAAAAUGGCACAGACUCAUCGCCCAUAGAGGAUAUUUAAGGUUUGGAAUUCCUUGUGAUAUUUUCUGUAGCUGUAGUAGUUUGGAUGCUUUAUGACAGGCACUUUGAGUUCAUACAUCCGUGAUAUCCUGACUGCAUAUAGAUUCCAGUUUUCCAGUUGAGAGGUUUGAAUCUCCACUUGACCCUCACAGUCUUGAUUUAUUCCGCUAGUGGCUUUGUGACAGCUAGCUGGGUGCUUCAAAUAGGAAAAGCUAUUUGGAGACAGAGGUCAUGGAUUAGGCAGGCUGCAAGAGCAGAGACUUUACAGAGAGCAAUUCAAAGCAGUCCUUGGGUGAGCUGGAGGAGGACAGCUAUGCCCGUUGCGCUUGCUCUUCCCCGGCGAGCUGGUGAUGAUCUCUGGCUUGGAGCAUGCAAUGCUCAGCCUGCUGUGCACAAGAAGUGGAGAAACUGAGACACCGUGCUGGCGCGCUGCCUGCUCUGCUUGCUGCCUCCACCCACAGAGAGAAACUUGGAGACUAUUUCUCCUUCUCCCUCAUAAAUUUGCCUAGAAAUUGAAGACGUUAGAAAUAGAUCUCGGCUUCUAUCUGGCUUCUCCUCCAGUAAGCAAUUACCUCUUCAGAUAAUCCACUAAUUCAGAUUCUCUGUUAUUGAGACUACAUUUUCAUACCUACAAUCUCCAAAUGUUCCAGUCUAUUUUUGUACGCUGGCAUACUUGUUUCCUAGGUUAUUUCUCUCUUAUCUCCCCUUGCCUCUUCCUUUCUGUGAAAUAGUUUGUGAAAUUAUUUUGAUUAAGAUGAACUGUGUAUAUUGAGACAAUGGUUCUAGGAUAACUUAGAAUUUGUAAAGAGCAGUUGUCAAAAUAUGCAACACUGUAAACAAUGACUCUCUAUUUUUAUUCCACAAUAAUAAAAAAUAAGUGGAAAAGAAAAGAAA